AGCCGACACAGUGCGGAUUUGAGGCUCACGCACAGAUCCAGGCUGGGUAGGUUAGACAACAGUGAGCAGUCCUGUCUGUCCUGCAGUGAAGUUAUUCAACAGACACGUCCAGUCAGAAAGAUGUCGGCGGUUUGUGUCGCUGUGAGUCGAAAUGUUUUGGCUUUCAGGAACUCCGGCAUGAUGGUGAUGGUGCGGUACGCUCAGACUGCUGCCGCUAUAGCUCCUGAACCUAGAAUCAAGAAGUUCCAGAUUUACCGCUGGGACCCCGACACAUCCGGAGACAAACCACGAAUGCAGACAUAUGAUAUUGAUCUCAACACCUGUGGUCCAAUGGUUCUGGAUGCCCUCAUUAAGAUCAAAAACGAGAUUGACCCCACACUAACAUUCAGACGCUCCUGCCGCGAGGGUAUCUGCGGCUCAUGUGCCAUGAACAUAAAUGGAGGCAACACACUGGCGUGUCUGAACAAAAUUGACACCAACACAAGCAAAGUAACCAAAAUCUACCCGCUUCCACACAUGUAUGUGGUCAAAGAUCUGGUGCCUGAUAUGAGCAACUUCUAUGCACAGUACAAAUCCAUCGAGCCCUACCUGAAAAAGAAGGAUGAAACUCAAGAAGGGAAGGAGCAGUAUUUCCAGUCGGUCGAGGACAGACAAAAGCUGGACGGCCUGUAUGAGUGCAUCCUGUGUGCUUGCUGCAGCACCAGCUGUCCCAGCUACUGGUGGAAUGGAGACAAAUACCUUGGACCUGCUGUCCUAAUGCAGGCAUACCGGUGGAUGAUUGACUCCCGUGAUGAAUUUACUGAGGAACGUCUGGCUAAACUUCAGGACCCCUUCUCUCUCUACCGCUGCCACACUAUCAUGAACUGCACCAAGACUUGCCCCAAGGGACUAAAUCCAGCAAAGGCCAUUGCAGAGAUCAAGAAAAUGAUGGCGACUUACAAAGAGAAGAAAGCAGCAGCUUCAUGAGCGAUAAACAAUCCACCUGACUCAAGAUCCACAAACCUUGAACUAAGUUAAGCAGCAGCAGCAGAAGAAGAAGAAGAAGAGCCAGGCUGGAACUUUUGUCUGCAUCUGCAUCUUUUAUGAGUGGGAGAGAUGUGAGUGAGUGUGAUUAUCAUGGAGCAGAAGACAGGAAAGUGUUAAGGGAAGCAAAAUACUUUGAAUGAUGCAACAUGUUGGACUACGUUUUUGCCGUGUCUGCACAGUAAAAACAUGAAGUUUGUUGUAUUUACUCUUUGGAAAAGCUCAUGGAAUUGUAUUUGGACUGUAAAUAUUUAAAUAUGUGUUCAUUAAAGAUGUACAGA